AUGCUUUCCUCCUGUUUCCUCUUCCUCCUCACCCUAACCUACCCAGUCUCGGCCUUCUACCCCACCAAAUUCCGCGCGAACCUCGCCUCCCACCCGGGCAUAUCCCACGAGCAAAUCACCGAAAAUGCCUUCAACUUCGCAGCCCAGCUGCUCUUCCCCCAAGCCAUGCAGGCAUCUCGCGAAGCCUACGGUGCCAGCCUGUCGAAGGAUAUGCUCGAGGCUCGCACGCAGAUUUCUAGGGCCUGCGCCUUUGCGGAUAGGGACCACGACGAGGACGGGUGGCAUUACGAUGGUGGGAAUGGUGCCGAGGGCAGGGAGGUUUUGAAGGGGUUGAAGGAGGAGGUUGUUGAGGCUUUGGUUUCGGAUGAUGUAUUUAGGGCGAGGGAGGCGUUGGGUGAGGUGCUGCAUGUUGUUCAGGAUGUGAUUGGAUAUGGAGCUGAAAACUGUUCGUCGGUCCUUGAAAUGCGGGAAAGGAGUCGAGCCUCCUUCGGUGGCUACACGUCUGAGGACAUCCUGAUGUGGGGCGACAAGAUGAAGGACGCAGAGUAUAUCCCCGUUCACGACAUAGACCAGCUUCUAAACGCUUUAGAGAUAGAUCCCAAAGGUACUACCGAAGAGCUUCUAGGAGCUAUGGGAAUGGAUUCCAAAGGUGUUCUCGAAGAGUUUCUAAGAGCUCUGGGGAUGGAUCCUGAAGGAGCUCUCAAGAUGAACAUGGUGACCGAUGACGACACGCAAACAGAUACCAAACGACAUAUUUGGGCAGCUGUCAACGCCGUAGCAGCAUCCAUCCGGCUCUUACAAGCUCUCCCAAAUUCAGUCUCUGCUAAACAAGUCCAGAGACUCUUCGGAAUCGGCCUUGACUCGCUGAUAGUCCUCGAUCCCGCACUCCGCCGCUCUGAGGAAUGGUCACAAGCUCGCCAACUCUUACGGUCUUCGCUAGAAUCUCUCAUAAUCAAUAGCACAAAGUCGGAUAUACGUUUCACAGGCGUCAGACUGCUGUCCACUGGUUUCGGACCCGAGUCCGCUCUCCCGCGCUGGAUACCCAUCCGGACUCCAUCAGAUCUGGAUUUCAUCGACGGCCUUUUACCGGCGACUCCAAGCGUGGCCUGCUCCGACGUCGAUCCAGAAAUAUUACUGGCGCGGAUUCAAGAGCUGCGGUAUGGCGGCGAGGUUACUCUUAUCGUUUCCCAGCCUCUUCGCGAGAACGACGCUGCUUUUGGGUGGAUUGUCAACUUCCUCUCAAGACACCCGGUUUCUGUCAACGUCGCCCAGCUGAAAAGCGCUUGCUCGUCUACCAGUACUAUUGAUCCUUUCUAUAAAUCUGUUGCGGAUCUUUCGAAUGGGUUGUCAACCACGGAUCUGAGCUCCCAUAAAUCUCUCCGUGCCCAGGAUGCCUCUUGGGACCCAGUACACCAGUUGACAAAAAUCUUUGAAAAGGCCGGCAUGGAAUCGGACGAGAUUUUCAACCUCGAGGUUGGCAUAGACGAGUUUACCGACCAGAUUGUGCUCUCUGUCGACUGCGACGACUGCUCACCCUUCUCCCUCUCUGGUGACCCUUCCUCACCGACCCUCCCUGAUCCCGUUAUUCUCAAGCAAGACGGCGAGACCUACCGGCUAAUCUUCACCAUCAACAAUCCCCCACCAGGUCUCUGGUCAACCAGAAUCCCAACCACGAGCGUCUUCCACAUAAACGUCCAAGCCCGCAGCUCAAUCCAACUUGCCGACUUCUACUUUGCCGAAAAUGCCGGACGGCCCGGCCACCAGGGCUUCUUCCCCAUCGAGGGAUCUCCUUUGGCCGAAACCAACGUCGUACUCAUCGGGGAGCUGUACGGAGACUUCCAGUCGCCCCGGUGGUAUCUCGUUGAUCUUGAGACGGGUGAGGAGACGGAGGUCGAGAUGCUCCCGGGCCUCAACGCCACCAAAUACCCGGGCCACGCGGAUCUUCACACUUUUGGUGCCAUCGCACAUCUUCCUGAUAGAGAGUUUUUCGUUGUCGUUCGGGGACAGGAUAGUAAGGGCAAUUCGUUCCAGAGGAUGUUUCCUUAUCUUAUCACCCCGGACUACGAUCCGGAGCGGAAGUAUGAUCUCGGUGGUAGCGAGGGUAUGUUUGAACGCCAUGCGGGUCCUGGGAAUCCAGAUCGUCGUCAGUUCGAGCAGCUGGGAAAUCCGGCCACUGUCACAGCGUCGGCCACUGCUUCCCGUCCUUCUUUCUUCGAUGGUGUUCCUCCAGCGGCGUCGGUCACAGCCCAAUCAAUUUCCCUUGUUUCGACAACGGUGUUAGAAACGGUGACUCUCCUUUGGCCUAAUUCUAGUACUGCGGCGACAGAGGCAUUGUCCACGGCUGCCUUGAAUGCGACGUCUGAAGCACAAAGUGCAUCUAUCGAUACUUUUUCUAGCAUCACAACUACUUCGGCUUCUGCGCUUAAUGCAACCGCAAGUCUGAAUCCUACCGAAACUAUCAUUAUCGUUACGAGUCUCCCCCUGGCUCCAACCAUGGGCCCAGUCACAACUACAGUCAAUAUCAUUUCCGUUUUCCCAUCUGGUCAAAACGUAUCGGUCUCCAGCGCGUUCAAUACGAGCACUUCUGCAUCAGAAAGUUUGGCGAGCUUCAGCUUUACUAACUCCAGCAUCUUGGAUGCUUCAACUACCUCUACGGGAGAGGCUGCCUUCUCCACGGAUACUGCAUCUAGCGGUUCUGUUGUAAACUUCCGAGUGUCUGAUAAGGAGUCUGCGGUUCCAACUCUCAGCAUUGUGGCAGAUCCUUGUGAUGGAUCGCAAGGGCUUAAUUCUCUGUCGAGCGGAUCUGCUGCGACUGCGUCGAUCGCAACAGAGAGUUCCAAAGAUGUCUUCCUAUCGACCACUCCUGGCACAACGAUCAACUCGGCACAAGCACAACCUGGUACCGCCUCGCUGAGCACCUAUAGUACUACAACCUCACUAAUACCAGCGUCAUUCUCGAACCCUCUCAAUCCCAUAACCUUGACCACCGUCAUCGUAGUCAGCUUCCCCCCAGCGGAACCCAAAGAUACCCUCACCCUCACCCAAACGACAACCACUUUCCAAGCCUCCCCGUUCCCUCCCACGCUUAUAAGCCACGGCGGAACGCCCCCAGGGCAAACCCCGGACACCCUCUCCGCCCUGCCAACAUCCACCGUGGAAAUCAUAAAGACCCAUUCGACGACGUCCAGUACGCUUCUUACAAGGGUUAGUGUUACUGCUUUCCCGGGAUAUCCGGACGACCCUUGGCCAUCUUCUGAAGAGAGCUCGUCAUCGGUUACUCCUCUUGGAAGCGGUGCUUUUUCUUCUUCUUCUUCUUUGCCUCACAACGGGCAUGGGGCGGGAGGUAACGCUACGGAGACUGGUGGAACGAGUACUGGCACGCCGGGUGGGGAUGAGAACGGGGCUAGGAUGGUGCGAACUAGUGUCGUUGUUGUUAUUGUUGUUUCUUUGACCGGAAUGGCAGUGUUGAUGCUGUAA